CGAGAAGGAUGCCCUGCCGUCUUUGCCAGUGACCUUGUAUGCGUCUUCCAUGGAUGCUCGCAGUCUCCGAAAAUCGUCGACAUCUUCCAUUCCCUCUAUUCGGAUUCCUCCCAAGAAUGACACCUCGGCUGCAUUAGACACAGUGCUUUUGCCAUUCCAGUUUCGGUCUAUUUUGACGGAUCCAAUUAAUCCACAUGCUACAACUCAUGUGCCCGCCCGAUAUGAGAUUGAGCCUGUCGUCUUGACACCAAUUCCGAUUAUUGAUGAAGCAGAGUUUCAGCCGUAUUUGGACGAAAUUGCACAUCCAUAUGCUCGCUAUGAGAGACACAAGAAGGCCCAAUUCCACCAUUACUUGGCUCAACAGAGCCGCAAACGGUUUACGAGUUCUGAGAGCGAUAGCGUCUUGACUGUAGAAGACGAUGCUUCGACGAUACGAAAAGGAUACACACCCUCUCUCCUUUCUCAAAUACAUCAUCAAAAUCGCUUGCCAAGUGAAUACUCGUUCUCAUCAUCCACCCUUGACGUUCCACACAGUGGAGAAGGGGCUGAUGUUGCUCUUAUGGGGAAUGUGGACUUGGAAGAGAAGUUUCCUAUAGAUAAAAUCCCAACGGUCUUCUUUCAACCAGAUUUCUCGCUUGAUCAUCCACGGACGUUUGAUCAGGUUAGUGAACAUGCUCAAGUUGUGCCGCCGGAGGACGUUUCAAAUGACGGAAGCAACAGGCCUCCUCGGAAGUUCUUAAUGAACAAUUCUAUGAUUCAGGAGAAAUUAUCCUGGUAUUUGGAUACGGUUGAGUUGCAUCUUUUGCAAGAGAUUGAGGAUGCCAGUGAUAGUUUCCCCCGUAUUAUCGACAGUCUAAAUGAUCUUCGAGUUCGAAGCAAAGACUGUUCUGAGCAAGCUGGUAAGCUUAAAGCACGUUUGGCCGAUCGUGAUAUUCGGUUAUCUGAAUGCCAAUCCCGUAUCUCGACUUUUGAACGUAAGGAAAAAAAUCUGCGAUGUUUGGUAUCUUGUGCCGACGACGUGCAACGUUUAGUUGAGCUUUGUCGGUCAGCUUCCAGUAAUGUGGAGAACAAGGCUUAUCGAGCUGCUUUGGGUUCAAUUUCAGACUUCGAGAAAAUGCUGAGAAGCAAACAAGCACAAGGAAUGGAUUUUACACGUUUGACAGUUGUCCGUGGUUACUUGCAGAAAAUCCAAAACGUAAAGCAUAUACUGUUUCAGGGGCUUGUGCAUGCAUUCAGUGAGCAUUUGGUUCUCGAUCUUUGUACGUUCUCUUUCGCGAAUGAAAAAAUUGUACUGGUGGACCAAUUACUCGCUUCUUACAACCAAACGAGUCGACAAAUACCUACUGUCUUGGAGGAAGCUUCUCAAUUUUCCCCAGAAUUUGCAAGUACCGUGGAGGAGUACUUGACUUGCUUAAUUCAAACUGGUGGGUUACAAGCUGCAGUUGCUAUCUACAAAUCAAAUGUUUUUCAGGAAGUUAAGAGUAUGGUGAAGAAUCAAUUUCCUCAGGCAAAACGAAGUGUUUCAUCAUCUUCUUCCUUAAACGAAAGCGUUAGCAUGCCCAUGACCCCAGUGACACCAAGGGACUCAAAAGGAGAAGUUGUCGAGCCUUCUGGUGCCGCUUUGGCAUCGGCUUUGCGCGCACUGUCUACUCGGGACUACUUCAGCUUAUUGAGACGUGUCUGUGCGUUUACCUUGCUGGCUUUGAAACGCUUAAACUUCCAAGUUAAGUUCUUGGUAAAUUUCCUAACUCGGCACGAUGCCGAAAACUCGAGCGCUUUCAUGAGUUUAAAUGAUUUCACGCUUGUGAGUGCUGGUGUUGUGCUCCAACGAAUGGUUACUUUGUUAUCGGUGAGAGAGCAAGUUUUCCUAACUUACUCGUUAGAUGAAAUUCUUGGGAUGUAUCGUCUACAUUCUAUAUUUUUGUCGGAACUAGAAAAACUGUGCGGUAUCGUAUCUAAUGAUUUUAUGGCGAUGACGCUUAAGAUUGUUCAACGCUGGUAUAAUAAUUUCCAGCGUAUUGCCAUAGAACGUAUCGCAAAGUCUUUGGAAGUUGAACGUUGGGAACUGGUUGUUGUUAGCAAAAACGACCAACACAUGGCUGAUUGUCUUAAUGCAUUAACAUCAAACAAGCCUGUGCCAGAGUUAUCUGAGAUUGAUAAUCCGUUUAACGAUGCAAAAACUAGCGGUUGUGAGGGAGACAGCAAGGAUGAACCUCGAUCCUAUGGUUGCCGUUUGGGAUCAGACACGUUUAGCUGUGUAGCUACAUCAUCAAAGUUAUUACAUGUCUUAGUCGACUAUGCUAGAUUUGCCUCUCAAGUUCCUCGUUUCUCUUCCGAUUGUUAUGCCUCUGUGUUAGAGCUCUAUCGGGUGGUUAAUUCGCGUGUGUAUCAAUUGAUCAUGGGCGCGGGUGCAGUGAGGUCCGCCGGUCUUCCAAGAGUACUUGGAAAACAUAUUGCCUUAGCUGCUCAGAUGAUCAGAUUUUUACAAAGUUCUUUAAAGAUAAUGGUACAGUUUCUUGAAACAACUGGGGGUAUUAACCCUGGACUGGAGGUUGAGAAGCUCAACCGAGAUUUUAGCUUCCAUCUACAACAAGUACAAAACAAAUUUGUUGCUCUUAUGCGCGAGAAAGCAAAUUCCUGUUGCAGGGAAUUGGGUAACAUCAAUUGGACAUCUACUGAACCGAACAAUUAUAUAAAAAGCCUGACAAAAGGCCUAGUGAAAGUGUACAACGUCCUUCAUACAUAUUCAAAACUCGACGAAAUGAUUGUUGUGCCUGAGGUUAUUAAUAUGUUUGAAAACAGAUUACAGUUGGAAUUGGCUGAUGCGGCUGAAUCAGCAGACAAUUGGCCUUCCAUAAAAACGGACCUGGAGUACUUCUAUGACACGCUGACUUUGAAGUGUGGUUACCCUGGAGAACGGAAACUGAUUGAGAAAUUUCAGCGUGUUAAUGGACAAGGCUAAUGAAUCGUGAACAUAAUGACACUCCUUUAAUGGAUUCCGUUUUGUAUAUAUAUACUUUCCUUCCUUUUAAUACAAUCCUGCACUAGUUUCCUGUCGUAUAACGCGCUUUGGGAGUGGGAUUUUUUAAUAAAUUUACCAUAUAAUUGCGAUGCUUUAGUUCACUAACAGCCUCUCGAACAAAUAGUUUGAAUCAUUGUUUGGGAAGAAUUUAGCGUCUUACUAAUGACAUCGUCUUUGGAGCUGUUAUAUCUCAAAGCUUAAUUCAAUGAGUAUAAAGCAAAUGCACAAAAGCCUCAAGACUGAAAAGAAUAGCUUUAGGGUAGGAGGACCUUGACAAUAUCUAACAAUGAUUGGGUUUACAGCUAGCAAGCUUAAAUGAUUACGUUCCUUUACAUUAGUCAUUUGAUAACAAAAGCUAAUCAAUAUACUCUGAAGAUACCCUAUGGGUUUGAUAUUUGUGAACAAAAUGAUCCUGUUUACUAGUAAUGUUCUGCUACAGUUGAGAAUCGCAAACUUUUAAUAUGAGGGAACUACGGAUAAUGCACCACUGGAAACAUACUAAUUAUUGAUAACAAGAUAUCAUAUUAUCCGAGAAACAGUAGUGA